CAAGCAUCUAGAAGGAUCCGCUCAAAUGCUGUCAUUUAGACACUGGUUCGGUGGUCUCGCCGGUGGUUCUCAUGGCAGAGCGAGCGCUGGAAGAGGAUGUGGCACAGGAGAGGAGGGAGAUGGGAGGAAAGGCUGUCCGGACGCAGAGAUGGACACAACCAUGCGUGAAACAAGCAAUACAUCGAGAGCCAAAGAAGUGGGUAAGGUCUGGCCCGAUAACUCCUUUCAGGGCAUGUAAGACUCAGAACUCUCCUGAGAAUGCAGCGAGAGAGAGGAGUCGUGUUCGGAACCUUAGACAAGCCUUCCACAGCCUGCAGGCUGCUUUACCCUCCGUCCCUCCAGACACAAAACUCUCCAAGCUGGACGUCCUGGUCCUGGCCACUAACUACAUCGCCCACCUGACCGAAACACUGGACCAGGGUGGGAUGUUGGGGGACCAAACCGUCCUGCAGAGAGCAGAGUACCUGCAUCCUGUGAAGAAAUGGCCCAUGCGUUCUCUUCUGUACUGUGGGAACCUUGGAGAGCGACUGACAGGAGCUCAGAUCAAUCAGGAGGCAUUGUGCCCAGCUGAAAGCAGACUAAAGGACUGAGAAGAUAUUGAGAUACUAACCAAUUGUUAGAAAACACUGAUGCAUCUGAGUACUUUUUCUGUAAAUAUGAUCCAUUUUUUUGUUGUUGUCUUGACCACACAAAUACUCAAUAUUUUCAGAUAAUUUUCCUUUUGACUAAACACUAUAUAGCUGGGUUUUUAUAUUAUUCCACAUGUAUCCCGUAGUUGGCUGUGAGAGAAAAUAUUGUCUGUGGUAACAGACAUUAUGUCAAUAGAUAUUAACCUGUUUUAAUGAACCACAAAAUGCAUAUGU